AUGAAUCCGUGGAUAAUAGGUUUGAUAGUUCUACUGUUAGCGUUCUUGGCAACUUACGUGGUGAGUUGGCGGGCGAGGAAGAAUUAUGCUCACUUACCUUCGCACCCGCAGUGGCCGUUCAUAGGGAAUGCCUAUAAAAUAUUCGGGGAUUCUCACAACCUGUUUCUCUACUAUGAAGAGAUUACGAAGAUGGCUGAAACGACCAACAAACCAUAUAUUUUAUGGGCGGGACCGUUACCAGUCUUAGUCUUAAGCUGGUUAUGGAAGAAGAAUAUAAAGAAAGUGGCUUCCGCCUUUAUCGGGUCAGCUGUUGAACAGUACCAAGAUUUGUUUAACGAACAGGCGCACAAACUAGUUCGAAACCUAGAACAAGAAGCGAAUGGAGACUUCUUUGAUCCGUUACAUUACGUCUCUCUGUCUUCUUUGGAAACCAUUUGUCAGGUAAGUUUCGGCGGGUCAAAAACUUUUAACUCUGAAAAAUACUAUGCUGCUUUAAAUCAAGCACUGGAUCUAAUUUUGGCGAGGGUUACAAAUAUAUGCCUGCAUCUAGAAUGGAUAUACAGGUUGACACCCGGAUUUAAGAAGCUCUCGGAGUCUAGAUUAAGGAAAAAGAAACAAGAUCGCAAUUUGGGAAAGAGCGAUAUAAAAGAAACCGAGAAGUCCAAGGCUUUUUUGGAUUUGAUGCUGGAUUUGAGUGAGACCGAUCCUCACCUAACGGAAAAGCAAAUUUUAUCUGAAACCGCCACCGUUAUCGUGGGUGGACAAGAGACUGUGGCGAAUACCCUCUUCUUCAUUUUCCUUGUGAUCGGUACCAGGAAGGAUGUUCAGGACAAACUAUAUACUGAGAUAAAAAAUGUUCUUGGGGAUCGAGAUGUCGAAAAAGAAGACCUUCACAAACUUGUAUACUGUGAAGCAGUACUUAACGAAACGAUGCGUUUGUAUCCGCCAGCAGUUGGAGUUCUAAGAUCUGCUGAUCGCGACUUGAAGCUAAGCAACUGCACUGUAGUAAAAGGUACAACAGUGAUUUUGAACUUUUGGGGUGCCGGGAGAUCAGAACGAUGGUGGGGGACAAGCGCUCCUGAGUUUGACCCUGACAGAUGGCUGCCACCAAAUGUUCCUUGUACGAAUGCUCACCUUCCAUUCAGUACGGGAAAGCGAGCAUGUAUUGGAAAGAAGUACGCGAUGGCGUUCCUGAAGACAGUGGUCGCGAACUGCGUCCGAAAUUAUGAAUUCACGACUGACGAAGGCUUUAAGCAGACCAGUUUUAGGAUUGAUUUGGCGUUGAGGCCCGUGGAUGGGAAUUUGAUAAAAAUUCGACGACGGAAUUAA